CGCCGGAAGUAGAGGAAGAAUCUCCUGAGCUGAGCUGGUGUCCAUUUUAUUUACGCCCGAUAGCUUGCUACAUUGUUUUGAGCAUUCGAAUUUUUCAGCUGCAUAAAAAAAAACAGUACAAAACUGGGUUUUCAGAGAUGAGCAGUUCAGAAGAAGUGUCGUGGAUCUCUUGGUUCUGCGGAUUAAGGGGGAAUGAAUUUUUCUGUGAGGUGGAUGAGGACUAUAUCCAGGACAAAUUCAACUUGACAGGCCUCAAUGAGCAAGUUCCCCACUACCGCCAGGCUCUAGACAUGAUUCUGGACCUUGAACCAGAUGAGGAGCUGGAGGACAAUCCCAACCAGAGUGACCUGAUCGAGCAGGCGGCUGAGAUGCUGUACGGCCUCAUCCACGCACGCUACAUCCUCACCAACCGAGGCAUUGCACAGAUGUUGGAGAAGUAUCAGCAGGGUGACUUUGGCUACUGUCCUCGCGUCUAUUGUGAGAAUCAGACUAUGCUUCCCAUCGGCCUGUCAGACAUCCCAGGAGAGGCCAUGGUGAAGCUCUACUGCCCUAAAUGCAUGGAUGUCUACACACCCAAAUCCUCCAGGCACCACCACACAGACGGAGCCUACUUUGGCACCGGCUUCCCGCACAUGCUCUUCAUGGUUCAUCCCGAGAACAGGCCCAAGAGGCCCGCCAAUCAGUUUGUCCCAAGGCUGUACGGGUUCAAGAUCCACCCGAUGGCCUACCAGCUCCAGCUGCAAGCAGCCUCCAGCUUCAAGAGCCCCGUUAAGGCCAUCCGCUAGCGGACCGGUCAAGAGAGACAAGAUGACAAAGAAUAUUGACAAAAAAAAAAAAAGGCGAGGGUGGGGGUCACCUGUGUUUUCCAAAAGCUACACAAGUGACACCUCCCCACUCUGGAGACUGUAUUAUUUUGGGGUUUAGAUUAGAGCAAAUGAAAGCAACAAUAUUAAUAAUAAUAAUGAUGAUUCUAAGGGUGAGCCAGACAGCCAUAGUCUUCAUCACAUAAAUGUAUACCCAACCUCCCCUCUGUGAAGACAUACACAUAUACUACUCACACAAAGUUAGGGAUGUUGGGCUUUCGAGUGAAAUUGCAGGAUGAACUUAAAAAGCAUUAUGACCUUUACAGUUGAAUUUAAUUUCAGCGUUUCUCACCUUUUGAAUGCACAUUCAAUUGUUCAGUAUUUCAGUACUUUUUGUACAACUUAACUGUUUUUCUAACAAGGAGAUCAAUGCCAAAAGAUGUCAACUUCAAUCAAUUAAACUUUUUUUUUUUUUUAUAGCACUUUUAGUCCAUAAAAUGCAACUCGGUGUUUUACAUGUAUUAAACUCUAUGCCUUUCUGUGACUCUGGUCUCAUGAUGUCAAAAUGAACUGCUUGAAGAAGAGGACUAUUUAAAUACCAAUUCACAUGAAACCAGGAAAUGUAUUGGUCAAUUUAUCAAUCAAACAUUUUGACUUUCAGCUCCUUGUUAGAGAACAGUACUGAAACAUUGAACAUUUGGGUGUGUAUUUCAAAGUUCAAACUGGGUCAAAUUAAGUUCACCUGUAAAAGUUUAAGCGCAUAUUAGGAUCAUCUUAAAGUUUCACCCAAAAGUUGAAUACCCCUAACUAUUUGUGGUUAUAUUUGGUAUCCCACACACUCUCCUGACCAAACUGACAAGUGACAAAAAUGAAUGAUUUUCAGAUAAUUUAGAAAAGGCAGCGGUAUUUUGCAGUUUGCUAAAGAGAGUCACUGGAAUUCUGCACCAUCUCCCCAAUAAACCCACAAACAUGGCUGCCAGCAACUUAAACGCAGUACAGUAACUGAUUAAUUUUUUCUGUAAUGCUGGUUCACACAAAUGUUUGCUGUUUUGGUGUCAAAACAAAGCGUCUGCCUACAGAGAGAGUGCGUUUCUACUCUUAGGGAAAACAGGAAACAGAUUAAGCUAGCAGUCUGUAAAUGACAAUUGUUCUGUAAGAUGUCCUUGGUAGCAGUAGGCCUAGCUGCGCCAAACCUCCCACCCCUCCAUUUAUCUCGUCAUAGUUUGCAUUGGUUGACUUUUUUUCUUUGUUCGUUUAUAUGAAGCCACCAUUUAGCAUAACUUGUGGAAACCAGCUAGAAAUUGCCUGCACAAGCAGCCUAGAUAACACUUCACAUCGGGUCCUGUCUUUAAUUUCAUUUGCUAAACAAAUUGUGCAGAGUGAAUUUAAAUAUAGCCUACAAAUCAACAACCCGGAUCUAUUGCUGAUACAAAGUUCCGUGCUUGCUCUUUCUGCUGGUUUCCAGUCUUUGUGCUGGGCUCGGAGCCAUCUGUGAACAUUAGCUUCAUGUCUAACUUACAAACAUCACGAUGUUUUUCAACAUAUUCAUCUUCUGAAUAAAUAGCCCUUUUUCCCCCCCAAAAAAUUAUCAUCAUAAAGACACUGCAGCACAGCACUGAUUUCACUGCUGCAACUCGUUUUUAGGUUCCGCAACAGCCAAGACCACCAGCUGUCAUUGUAGUUUCUUUGUAAAACAGUGAGGCAGACGCUGUUUGUUUCCUCUCCUCGCUCUUUGUUUUUCCCGUUGUUGGAGUUUUUUAGUUCACUACACACAAGUGAAUCUGUAUUUAUGUGUCCACAGUUUUAACUCCUGUUUGUUUUUCUCUGCUACUUGGGAAGGGUCAGCCAGAUUCAGAAAUCUCAAUAAAAGUUGAUUCUUCUUUUCCUA